AGCACUAACAACAGAAGAAGACCGACGCUAGGUUAGCUCGCAAGCUAGCACUUGUAAAUUCACGUUUGGGUUGCUUUGAGAGUCAAAAUGCUCUUGCAGUCUGUCAGGCCGUGGCUGCUUCGCUGCAGGAGCAUCCAGCUGGCUUGCACCAGAACUUAUCACGCUGACACAGUGGCUCGACUCGGCUCUCGACCAGAUCAACAGUCCUCUGAAUAUAAGGAAAACUAUGAGCGAAUGAAAGUUCUUGUGGAUGAACUGAAAAGCCGGGCGGAGAAGAUUAAAUUGGGUGGAGGCGAAAAGGCAAGGCGACUCCACACCUCUCGAGGCAAACUCCUUCCAAGGGAGCGCAUCGACAAACUGCUGGAUCCAGGCACUCCUUUUUUGGAAUUCUCCCAGUUUGCGGCAUAUGAGCUGUAUGGAAAAGAGGAGGUACCAGCUGGUGGUAUAAUCACAGGGAUUGGCCGGGUUUCAGGAGUGGAAUGUGUAGUCGUUGCAAAUGAUGCCACGGUCAAAGGGGGAACAUACUACCCAGUUACAGUGAAGAAACAUCUUCGUGCUCAAGAAGUAGCCCAGCAGAACCAUUUGCCAUGCAUUUAUUUGGUUGAUUCUGGUGGAGCCAAUCUACCCAGACAGGCCGAUGUCUUUCCAGACAGAGAUCACUUUGGACGCAUUUUUUACAACCAGGCCAGGCUGUCUUCAAAGGGAAUUUCCCAGAUUGCUGUUGUGAUGGGCUCCUGCACAGCUGGAGGAGCGUAUGUGCCAGCCAUGGCAGAUGAGAGCAUCAUUGUGCGGAAGCAAGGGACCAUUUUUCUUGGAGGACCCCCACUGGUUAAAGCUGCCACUGGGGAGGAGGUUUCUGCUGAAGACCUCGGUGGGGCUGAUCUUCACUGCAAAAAAUCUGGUGUGACAGACCACUACGCUUUAGAUGAUUUCCACGCACUCCACUUAGCAAGGAAAGCAGUGCGAAGUCUCAACUAUAGAAAAAAUCUUGAGGUUACCGUGGAGCCCACUGAGGCUCCCCUCUACCCCGCAGAUGAGCUCUAUGGCAUAGUCGGAGAUAACUUGAAGCGGAACUUUGAUGUCAGGGAGGUCAUUGCUAGAAUUGUGGAUGGCAGUAAAUUUGAUGAGUUUAAGGCGUUCUACGGAGACACGCUGGUCACAGGAUUUUCAAGAAUAUUUGGCUACCCCGUCGGAAUCAUUGGCAACAACGGAGUCCUGUUUUCAGAGUCUGCCAAAAAGGGGACACAUUUUAUCGAACUAUGCUGCCAACGCAACAUUCCACUUAUUUUCCUUCAAAACAUCACAGGCUUCAUGGUGGGAAGGGAGUAUGAAGCGGGAGGGAUUGCCAAGGAUGGAGCCAAGAUGGUGACGGCUGUCGCCUGUGCCAAUGUACCCAAGAUUACUGUUAUCAUUGGAGGCUCCUACGGAGCGGGCAACUACGGCAUGUGUGGAAGAGCUUACAGCCCCAGAUUCCUCUACAUGUGGCCAAAUUCCCGGAUCUCGGUAAUGGGCGGUGAGCAGGCAGCCACGGUCCUGGCCACCAUCACUAAAGAUCAGAGGGCACGCGAGGGAAAGGAGUUCACAGCAGAACAAGAGGCUGCCAUGAAAGAACCAAUUGUGCGGCGAUUUGAAGAGGAAGGCAGUCCAUACUACUCCAGUGCCAGACUGUGGGACGACGGCAUUAUUGAUCCCGCUGACACUCGUCUGGUUUUGGGACUGAGCCUCAGCGCCGCUCUUAACGCACCAACAAAGAGGACUCGUUUUGGGGUUUUCAGGAUGUAAUGCUCAUGUAAGCGUGUAGAGGUACUAACCUUUGAUUUGCCCAGGUUUUGUAGUUCGAUGUGUGAUGUGUCACCAGAUUAAGAGGAACACGAAAGAAAAAAAAAAACUAUCACAAAAGAUGGAAUCACUCAGCCCUGGAGACUUGGGGAUGUGGUUGGAUGUGGUUGUGGAACAUUUCCGCUGUAAAGUUGUGCCUUAACUGUUACUCCUCCUCUGUAAAUGAAACUGUAAUUAUGAUCCCAUGUCCUUUAGCGUAUUUGGGUUUUUAUCACUUAUUACUAAUUAAAUAAAAAAAGACAGAC